AUGACCCCCUCCUUGCUUGUUGAGCGUCUGCUGCUUGCAAAGACAGCAGCAGCACCAGCAGCAGCAGCAGCAGCAGCAGCGCCAGUAGCAGCAGCACCAGCAGCAACUGUUGCAGCAGCAGCAGCAGCAGCAGCAGGAUCCCUUGCUGCUCCUCACCGCAACUUCAGCAGCAGCAGCAGCAGCAGGUGGAGGAGACAGUUGAAACCCUCAGACAUUGCAGCAGCAGCAGCAGCAGGAUCCCUUGCUGCUCCUCACCGCAACUUCAGCAGCAGCAGCAGCAGCAGCAGCAGCAAGUGGAGGAGACAGUUGAAACCCUCAGACAUCUGUGCUGCUGUCUCCUUGUCUCCUUCUUAUGUAUCCCCCUACCAAAAGCUGCUGCAGCGGCUAGCUAGAGAGAGACGCAGCAACAACAACAGCAGCAGCAGCAGCAGCAGCAGCAGCAAGCAGCGAACUGCAGCAGCACCACCGGCUCAUAUGACAGCCGAAGCACACACUGCUGCUGCUGCUGCUGCUGCUGCUGCUGCAGCGCCACGCAGCUAUGCUAAUGCAAGCCCUUGGGAUCAGCUGAAGGCAGCACUGGUGCUGCAGCAGCAGCAGCAGCAGCAAGCACUUCUAGCAGUAGAAAGAAACAAACCUGGUGCUGCUCUUGUUCCUGCUGCUGCUGCUGCUGCUCCUGCUGCUGCUGCUGCUGCUGCUGCUGCUGCUGCACCUGCAAAGAGAGGACAAAGCCCUGCUGCAGCUUUUCUGUCUCGCCGCCAGAAGCAGCUGCAGAAGCAGCAGCAGCAACAGCAGCAGCAGCAGCAGCAGCAGCUGCAGCUGCAGCAGCUGCAGCAGCAGCUGCUUCAGCAACCAGUUGGUGUACAGCAGCAGACAGGGGAUCAGCUGCAGCAGCAUACGAACGACCUGCAGCAGCAGCAGCAGCAGCAGGAGGAGGAGGAGCAUCAGCAGCAGCAGCAGCAGCAGCUGAUGCUGCUGCAGCAGCGCGAUGCUGCAGUGCAGCAGCAAAAAAAUAAUUUAAUAAAGUUAAUGUGGAGAAGUCUAAGAAAAAGAAAAAGGAGACACUUCGAGGCCCUAGUAGAAGAAUAUCAGUCAGCUGCUGCUGCUGCUGCUGCUGCUGUUGCUGCUGCUGCUGUUGCUGCUGAUGUUGCUGCUGCUGUUUUGCUGCUGCUGAUGCUGCUGUUGCUGCUGUUGCUGAUGAUGAUGAUGGUGUGUCUGCCGCCUGACGAGGUGUCUUUGACUCUGAAACUUUUUGGGAAUCUCAUCACCAAACACCCAAACAUAGACAAUGUAAGCAGCAGCAGCAGCAGCAGCAGGAGCAGCAGCAGCAGCAGCAGCAGCAGCAGCAGCAGUAGUAGUAGUAGUAGUAGUAGUAGUAGUAGCAGUAGUAGCAACAGCAGUAAGGCAGCAGCAGCAGCAGGAAUAGCAGCAACAGCAGCAACAUCCGGAGCAGCAGCAGCAGCAGCAGCAGCAGCAGCAGCAGCAGCAGCAGCAGCAGCAGCAGCAGCAGUGACAGCAGCAACAGACAGCCGAAACGGCAGCAGCAGCAUUUACAUCUAUGCCUGGGAGGUUUUGGCGGAGAUGAAGGCGCUGGGGGUCCACCCCACUCUUGUUAGGCUUCAACAAGGUGUAGACAGCAGCGCGCUGCUGUCUAUGCAAGACCUCAGGGCCUUGUGGGUGGGGGCGACGGUGGACCCGCUGCUGCCAGCAGCAGCACGAGUGGUGCUGCUGCAGGAGCAGCAGCAAGACAAGCCAGAAGCAGAAGCAGCAGCAGCUGCUGCUGCUGCUGCUGACCCUGCUGCUGCAGCACAACCCGGGCGGCUAGCAGCAACUGCUGCUUUUGUGGCGGCCUCCCUCGCAGACACCACUCUCUUUGCACCCCAAACGAGGUACAGCAGCAAGGGGCAGCAGCAACUGUCUCCUUUCAGCAGCAGCGAUGGCUGGGAGUACUUCCUCUCCACACCCGGGGUCUCUAGACACGGCGCGAGAACUGCUGCUGCUGCUGCUGCUGCUGCUGCUGCUGCUGCUGCGGCAGGCCAUGCACCAGCAGCAGCAGAUGCAGCAGCAGCAGAUGCAGCAGCAGCAGAAGCAGCAGCAGCAGAUGCAGCAGCAGCAGCAACUCCAAUAACAUCAUCUCCUGCUGCAGCAACAGCAACACCGCGUGCUGCAGCAACACCCCCACUCCCUCCCCCACCACCGCCACCAGCAGCAGCACCACCAGCACCAGCAGCAGCAGCAGCAGCAGCAGCAGCAGCAGCAGCAGCAGCAGCAGCAAAGGAGAAAGGUGUAGUGUAUGAUGGCGUGUGGGGGUCUUCUGGCUUCAAAUUCUAUCGGGGGCGGCUGCGCCCUGAAUUGGGGGGUGUGGAGCGUUUCAUGGAGCUGCCUGGCAGCAGCAGCAGCAGCAGCAGCAGAGACAGAAGAGCUUCGGUUAUGAGUCUCCUUACAGCAGCAGCAGCAGCAGCAGAAGGAGACAGCAGCAAGGGGCAGCAGCAACUGUCUCCUUUCAGCAGCAGCGAUGGCUGGGAUUACUUCCUCACCACACCCGGGGUCUCUAGACACGGCGCGAGAACUGCUGCUGCUGCUGCUGCUGCUGCUGCUGCUGCCGCAGGUGGUGCACCAACAGCAGCAGAUGCAGCAGCAGCAGCAGCAGAUGCAGCAGCAGCAGAUGCAGCAGCAGCAGAUGCAGCAGCAGCAGAUGCAGCAGCAGCAGCAACUGCAAUGAAAUCAUCCCCUGCUGCAGCAACAGCAACACCGCGUGCUGCAGCAACACCCCCACUCCCCCCCCGACCACCACCAGCAGCAGCAGCACCAGCAGCAGCAGCAGCAGCAGCAGCAGCAGCAGCAGCAAAGGAGAAAGGUGUAGUGUAUGAUGGCGUGUGGGGGUCUUCUGGCUUCAAAUUCUAUCGGGGGCGGCUGCGCCGUGAUGCUGAUGUUGCAGCAGCAGCUGUUGAUGCAACUGCACCAGGUGCUGCAGCUGCAGCAGCUGCUGCAGCUGCUGCAGCUGCUGCUGCUGUUGCUGCUGCGACAGCAGCUGGUGCUGUUGCUUCAAUAGCACAUAAUGCUGUUGUUGCUGCUGCAACUGCUGCUGCUGCUGUUGCUGCAGCAACUGCUGCUGCUGCUGCAACCAGUGCUGGUGCAGCAGCAGCAGCAGCAGCAGCAGCAGCAAAAACUUUGGUGGUGUUGUUUAGUAAAUAUAUUAAGGAUUGGCUAUUAGAGAGAGACAAAAGGAGACAGAUAGAGAAAAAGGAGACAGAAGAGAGACAAAAAGGAGACAGAAAGAGAGACAAAAAGGAGACAGAAAGAAGAGACAAAAAACAUUUUAUAGGGUUUAUAAUAGGAUCGGGGGCGGCUGCGCCGUGA